AUGCCUUCUUGGAAGCAAAAGCUUAUGUCAUCUAUAUUGGAAAAGCCCGCUUCCGGAACAGGUUCUAAGAAUAAUUCCUUAGGCUCAGCUCAACAACAUCCGGUCUCAGAUGAUCACCUUCUCGCCUACCUCAGCGAACUUGAUACGAUUUUUGUGAUCGACCCCAGCUCUAUGCUCGAGACACAAUCGGCUCUUCAAACUCUUCUAACUCUUCUACCAGACUUUAUGCCACACAACGAGAAUGGGUUUUGCACCUCUUUCCUCAAGCUACCAUGCGAGCUUCAUGAAAAUAUCAAGGACGAGAAUAAGAUCAAAGAUAUCUUUAAGACCGUUCGACCUGCCAGCAUGACACACACCGGCCUGCAACCCGAAACUGGCCCGCAACUGAAGGAGAUCUUGAUAAAUUAUCUCGAAAAACAUGAGAGAAAUUGCAGCACAAAACCUAUUGACAUCAUUGUUGUCACUGACGAAAUGCCCGCUAAGGAUGCUGACGACAUAGUCAAAGAGAUAACCAAUCGGCGUCGUAAACUCAAGGCGCCCACAACACAAGUCGCCGUCCGAUUCUUUCAGACUUACUUACCAGAAUAUUACUUCAAGCGAUAA